CAUACCAUUGCAAAGAACUGUUACCUUAAAAAGUGGGGCAUACUGAAUCGUCAAAAACUAGUAAAAAAGUGAAAUGACUCAAAAUUGUAUGCGCUUCGUCUUUUCCUCAAUAUAGUGUGACAGGCAGAUUUUGCUGAGUAAGUAAUGAGUUCACAGAAACAGCCAAAAGAGGGCCGGGUGUUGGAGGUUCGCUUUGUAGGAGAUGAAGAGGUUUUGCAACACAUUGUGGAUAAACAAGAAGGCGUUAAGGUGGGAAAGAAUGCCGUUCAGACUUUGGUAUCCCUCAAGACUCCUCGGAAGAGUGAGCCCGAGGACUCUGAGGAUGAAGACCAUGAGGUUUGCAAUGAACAGGACUAUGUGGAGGCGCUGGGGACAGCAGCUCAGGAUGCCAGCUGUGGAUCAGGGGGAGGGGAUGUGUUCACAUUCCAAGCUGUGAAGAGAUCGAACAGGAUGGCUCAGCUGGCCUCAGAAUUGGCCAGAACCCCAGGGAAGAGUGUUAAAUUCAGCACAGCCGAUUCACCCUCUCAAGAAGUCACCAGUCCAACCAGAGCAAGCAACAGACAACCAACCCAAUACAAGACCCCCUCAAAGGGGAAAAAGAAUCAGUUUGUGUCAACCACACCACACAGGUUGAGAAAAAGAUUAUCCGCUCCUAAUCUGAGGUCGGACAGUGACAGCGACUUCUCUCCUUCCAACUCUGAGGAGGAGCUGGAGGCUGAGGAGGAGGUCCUCAAGCCAGCUCCAGAGCCCAAGCCUGCGAGCAAGGCACCAGCUGCAGGGCUCUACAAGACACCAGCCAAGAAAACCAAGAAGGCUCCGGAACCCAGCCUGGUAGAAGAGUAUUUUGAAGCGCACAGCAGUUCAAAGGUGUUGACCUCAGACAGGACUCUCCAGAAACUGCAAACCCCACAACUGGACCAGGAGACGUUAUGCAGGCUGCUUGAUGGCACUUCUACGGCGUUUUCUGCAGAACUGAAACAGUUAAACAAAGAACAUGAGAGGCUGUUUCACAAGUGGAUGCUGCAGUUACAAGUGGGCUUCAAUAUAGUGCUGUUUGGGCUGGGCUCCAAGAGGACCUUGCUGGAGAAGUUCCGCACCAGCAUGCUCUUGGGUUCCAUUCAUGUGGUCAUCAAUGGCUUCUUCCCCAGCAUCACCAUCAGAUCGAUUUUGAAUUCAAUCACAGAAGAUGUUUUAGAACAUGAAGGACAUUUCCGUAACCCACUGGAUCAGCUGGACUUCAUUGUUGAAACACUGAAGGAAGAUCCGGAUCUUCAGCUCUUCCUGCUGAUCCACAAUAUCGACGGGCAGAUGCUGCGAGGAGAUAAAACCCAACAGAUACUGGGACAGCUGGCUGCGAUCCCAAACCUUCACCUCAUAGCCUCCAUUGACCACAUCAACGCACCUCUCUCAUGGGACCAGUUCAAGAUGAGCCAGUUUAACUGGUUGUGGUACGAGACCACCACGUACCAGCCGUACAUCGAGGAGACUUCGUACGAGAACUCGCUGCUCGUCAAGCAGUCUGGAGCCCUGGCGCUUAGCUCGCUGACACACGUCAUGCGCAGUCUGACGCCUAACGCAAGGGGAAUAUUCAGACUGCUGGCAGAAUUUCAGCUUGAAAACAAGGAUAAUCCCUCUUAUACAGGUUUAUCUUUCCAAGACUUUUACCAGCGCUGUCGUGAGGCUUUCCUGGUGAACAGUGACAUCACCCUGAGGACCCAGCUGACAGAGUUCAGGGACCACAAGCUCAUCAGGACCAAGAAGGGUGCAGAUGGUGUUGAGUAUCUGAUCAUACCCAUUGAGACUGGAACUCUGACAGAUUUCCUGGAAAAGGAAGAUCAAGAAUAAAGGCACGCUGGUGGCCAGUGCUACCUAUACAAUAUCUUGCUAAUACCAGUGUGCUCAACCCUGUCCGUUUUAAACUUAGUGCGGCUAUCCAAAGCUAGUAAAUCGUAUCAACCCUUGACAGGUGUAUUUAGCACUUAUUAUGAACUGUGCAAAUUAUUCAACUGCAGCAAAUUAGCAGGGUGCUUAUCUAUGGACGUAUCCAGUGAGGUGUGUUUUGCAGAGAUCCUGUUGAAAGAAUUCUGCGAACUGGCCCCAGUGAGUUUCUCUGCACUGUGUUGUGCACUGUGUUGUACAACGUGCUGUAUUGCAGCAUUAAGUUGGUGGUUGUUUUACCACUCAGUAGUACCACGAUGCCUUAGCAAACCACAAUUUAAUAAUUCAGACUUGAUUUCAAGUUGAAUGAAUUUAAAAGGUAGUUCACUGUAGCAAGCUUAUUAGUAGCUUUUGCAGAAGUACUAUCCAUCUUUGUGUUGCAAUCAUUGUACAGUGUAUUUUGAUAGCAGUUAAAGGUCUAGUACUGUAGUAAUUGUUUUCAAUACUAGAACAAUAUUCAUCCCCCAUGUGGCAAAAAAUAUGAUGUAUACAAAAUGUAUUUGUAUGUAAAUUUUGUAUUUGUAAAAACACAAAAUAAAUAAAAGCAUUGAAUAUGUAUUUAUUCAUUUUCCCA